GACGGUGGCUCGUCGCCGUCGCGCUCGGUAAAUAGCAGAGCGGAGUGGGGGCGUCCUCAGUUUCCUACUCCGCCGUUGCCGUAUCCGUCGCGCACAAGCAACCAGAGCCAGCCCAUUUCGAUACGCGCGAGGUGAACCAGCUUUCCUGCGAUCCCGCACGCGAGCGAUGCAGCCGGCCGCGAGGAGGUGGUCGGCGCCGGCGGCCGCGGAGGCCAACAGCCCUUACGCGAUGCCCUCGCCGGUGCAGCCGGCGUCGCCGUCCAAGGGCACCACGGAGGCGGUGAAGAGUGCGCUGUCGCGGUGGGGGCGCAAGGUCGGGGAGGCGACCAGGAAGGCGGAGGACCUGUCGCGCAACACAUGGCAGCACCUGAGGACGGCGCCUAGCAUCGCGGAGGCGGCGGUGGGAAGGAUCGCGCAGGGGACCAAGGUCCUGGCGGAGGGCGGCCACGACAGGAUAUUCCGGCGGGCCUUCAGCGCCCCGCCGGACGAGCAGCUCCGCAAGUCCUACGCGUGCUACCUCUCCACGGCCGCCGGCCCGGUGGUGGGCGUCCUCUACCUCUCCACAGCCAGGGUCGCCUUCUGCAGCGACGGCCCCCUGUCCUACGAGGCCGGCGGAGGCGACGGCGGCGGCGACGGCGACAGUGACCGGACGGAGUGGAGCUACUACAAGGUGGCGAUCCCCCUGCACCGGCUGAGGGCGGCCAGCGCGUCGGCGAGCAAGCUCAACCCAGCGGAGAAGUUCAUCCAGCUGGUGUCGGUGGACAGGCACGAGUUCUGGUUCGUGGGGUUCGUCAACUACGACGGCGCGGUGGCGCACCUGCAGGAGGCGCUGAGCGGCUUCCACAACCUGCAGGCGUGAGGGGGAUCGGAUGGCUCUGUACUCUGUUCUCGGCUUGUCGCUCUGUGGCUUGUGUGCCGCCGACCCCUAGCUGCAUUGUUUUUGCAGCGUGCUGUUUAGCUGCGUUUACUACAGUGUACCCGUCUCCGGAUUUCAUGGCAUGUUUUGAUACAGUUGGUCAGCAAAGAGAACGAUUGGGCACUUUCUA